GCUGGUCCAGUCCAGCAGAUGGCGCGCUACGCUCGUGCGUCUGGUGUCCGUCAUAGAAGAAGAGAACAGGCGCGAUCAGGAAGUACGUUUGAAUCAAGACAAAAACAGUAAAAAGUGGAAUGGCCCAGGGACACAAGUUUCAGGAUCUGGAGGAGACGGGAGCAGCUCUGGUGGACUUCAUCAACAGCAGUGAGCUCCACAAACUCCGAGGGGUCAAAGAUGCUCAACAAAUGAUGUAUGACCGACACACAGAAACAAAGAAGACUGUCACACAGAUUCUAAUGGAGGUGGCCCAGAUUGAGGAGAGUGCUGGGCAGAGGCUGCUGGACAUGCAGAAGGAACAGAAGAGAAGGGAGCAGGAGUGUAACAGUCUAGAGGAACAGCUGAGGCAGUGUACAGCCAAGAGCCAGAUUACAGACUCCGAGCUACAGUUUCUUCAAAAGGAGUUUGAUAACUUACUGAACAAUGAACAAGAGCUGGAGACUCUACAGAAUGAGGUGGAUGAAGACACCACAGAAGUGAUCCCUUCAUCUAUUUAUGUUGCAAAAUUGUAUUACCUGAUAACCAAGAUCAAGUGGGAGUACGACACAGAGCCCCACAUUCUCAAAGGAGUGCACUAUGGGGCAGAGCUGGCCAGUCCCAUUCAUAUAGACAAGUCCAGCCAAUCUCCAGGAGAAGUAAGUGACCAUCUCUGGAGCUUUGUCAACUCUGAAUGGUAGAAGAGGUUUUACUAGAAGAUAAGAAGAAGAGGAACUAUUUUAUGUGUUUUACAUGUUUGUCAUUUUUAUGUUAUGUUGUUUAUGUCAACAUCAUUUAUAUAUCUGUAAUAAAUAUCUCUUUCCAAUAUUA